AUGCUUCUUUAUAUCAUCAGCACCAUCCUUUUUGCCGCGCAAACUAUGGCUUUACCCACGCCAGCUAAUACAAGCGUCAACCCUGCCGCCAUCACCAAUACAACAUGUACUGCUCCGGGAGUAACCCUGAACAGCCACGACAUCAACGUCGCCAUCCUCUCAAUCUGCGGCGGUAUUGCAGGCACAAUUGAACAAUGCCAGGGACAACCCACAACGACCACGGGUGCCUCGGGCGAUGCACAAUUAAACCUUCAAGUCGAGACCACGGGUACAAACAUUAUCAUUACAAAAGGACGUUGGGAAGGGUGUAUGCGCGCGGCGAGAGCUGUUUGUGGCGAUAGCCCUUUUUCGAGUACGUGUAUUGGAGGAGCGAAUGAUAAUAAGAAUAAUGUCUUGUUUCAGUUGGUGCAGCAAUGA